AUGCGCUCUCCCAACGUCAUGAUCUCCCAGGGCACCGCCUUCCUGAGGCGCCCUCAGACCCUUUACAAACUCAAAGAUGCCGCCAGACCCCAAAUACCUGCUAUCUCCGCCCUUGCCCGCUACUACGCCUCCAAGUCCUUCCCUCCUCACACCAUCAUUAGCAUGCCUGCAUUGUCCCCCACGAUGACCGCCGGAAAUAUUGGCGCAUGGCAGAAAAAGGCCGGUGAUACCUUGAGCCCUGGUGAUGUUUUGGUCGAGAUCGAGACAGAUAAGGCACAAAUGGACUUUGAAUUCCAGGAGGAGGGUGUUUUGGCCAAGAUCUUGAAGGAUGCCGGCGAGAAAGACGUCGCCGUUGGAAGUCCUAUUGCUGUUUUGGUCGAGGAAGGCGCAGAUGUAUCUCCCUUCGAGGCCUUUACUUUGGAGGACGCCGGCGGUGAUAAGGGCGCUCCUGCCCCCAAAGCCGAAGAAUCAAAGGAGGAGACUCCUAAGCCAGCCCCCUCGGAGACCGAAGCCCAGCCCGAAGCCGUUGAACCAGAAGUCACUGGUGAACGCCUGCAGCCUGCUUUGGAUCGUGAACCACAAAUUAGCCCUGCCGCAAAGGUUCUGGCCCUGGAGAAAGGCAUUCCUAUAAAGUCUCUCAAAGGCACGGGACGUGGUGGCCAAAUCACCAAGGAGGAUGUUGAGAAAUACACACCUGCUGUCUCUGCCGCUGCCGCUGGACCUACCUACGAAGAUAUUCCUCUCACCUCUAUGCGCAAGACUAUUGCCAACAGACUUCAACAAUCGGUACGCGAGAACCCUCACUAUUUCGUUUCGUCCAACCUCUCCGUCUCGAAACUCCUGAAGCUUCGCCAGGCUCUCAAUGCCUCCGCAGAGGGCAAGUAUAAGCUUUCCGUCAAUGACUUCCUCGUCAAGGCCUGCGCUGCAGCUCUUCUGAAGGUUCCAGCUGUCAACUCAAGCUGGCGCGAGGAGAACGGACAGGUUGUUAUCCGCCAGCACAAGACUGCGGAUAUCAGUGUCGCCGUCGCCACACCUGUUGGUCUCAUCACCCCUGUCGUCAAGAAUGUUCAGAGCCUUGGUCUGUCUAGCAUCUCCAACCAAAUCAAGGACCUGGGUAAGCGUGCCCGCGACAACAAGCUCAAGCCUGAAGAAUACCAGGGCGGCACUUUCACUAUUAGCAACAUGGGCAUGAACCCUGCCGUUGAGCGAUUCACCGCCGUUAUCAACCCUCCUCAAGCCGGCAUUCUGGCUGUUGGCUCUGUUCGCAAGGUUGCCGUCCCUGUUGAGACAGAGGAAGGCACCUCUAUUGAGUGGGAUGACCAGAUCGUCGUUACCGGAAGCUUCGACCACAAGGUCGUUGACGGCGCUGUUGGUGCGGAGUGGAUCAAGGAGUUGAAGAAGGUCGUGGAGAACCCACUCGAGCUGUUGCUGUAA